CUAAGAAAACUGUUUGCUAUGAUCAUAAAAAAGGAAUCAGCCAACCGCAUCUGUUUACCCUUCUGCAACCGUUUAAACACUAUGGUUGAAUAAAGGCAAAUGACUCUGGAUUUAUUUACUUAAAUAUAUGGUUUAAAACAGGAUCUUGAAUGACAUUUUGUAUAAAAUCUCAAAACUGGGAAGAAGUGUUUCGAAAAACUGGAUCUACUGGUCGGAGGACAAAACGAUGUGUUUAUUAUGCGAUACCCUGUUUAUUUAUGCGGGGCACUAAAGAUAAUGCAAAUUUUUUCUACAUGUAUGUACGUAGAACAAACAUGUUAAGGACUUAAUGGUGUGUGUGUGUGGAUAGGAAUAUUUUCACUCUAACAGUUGUAUUGUCACGUUCUGGGCGUCAUGCUUCUUUAGACACUCUCUACUGAGCUGAACAUUUACAUUUGUGACUGCGAGCAACGGGUGCUGUCUACUUUCCAUGCAUUUUUAUUGGAGUUCUUAGAUACUAUGAAAUAGGAUAAAACAUUUGUGACUGUAGCUGAAUAAUUGUAUGGACCCUUUUUGCGUUAUAGGGCCUUUCAAUCUCUGCGUUUUUACAAGACAUUGACCUUGUCAGGAUAUAAGAAGUGCAAUACAAGCGACAUCUUUGCCAACUAGGAAGCUAAAGUAGACGCUUGUUUUGAUUUACCAGUUUAUGUACAUAAAACGGGUAAAAUUGCAUGUUUCGCUGUUAAAUCCUAGGUUUAAAGUUUUAAAUAUUGACAGUUUGAUAUCACCGGGCUUUAAGAUCUCUGGAAAAAGGAUUCGUUAUCUAGAUAAAAUAUGACAUUGCGCUGAUAAAGACAACCCUGAGGACCACGGGCACGCCGCAAUAUACAUUCUAUAAGUAUCAUCAGUUUAUCUAUCCUGGUGCAAACAUGUUUAUGGGUUAUUUACUUGUUGAACAUAUAAAAUUCUGAGGGAACUAAACAACACAGGUUUGGGGCUUCAUCCAAGCCCAGAUUAGCUUGAUGCAGGGAGACUCACUAAUUUCCUUUAUCAUUAUCAGUGUCGUGUAAACAAAAUAUAGGACUUAACCUUAAUUGACUUAAUACAAGUAGGAUCUCUACAUAUUUUCAAAUCUACGAAAUUUAAUAUUCGGACCCUUUAAAGACUAAAAUUUGAUAUAAAAUUGAUGAAAAAGGCACACGAGUUGCACACAUACGGACGUGUUUUUUUGAAGUGAGCAUAACUAAUUUAGGAAAGGACUUCCAACUUCUGUGAGAAAAAUUAUACUGCACUGUUUGAUACGUGAACUUAAAUAGUAGAAGAGUAUCUCUGGUUGAAGGAUUUGUGAUUUUUUUAUUAACGUGGAUAGACAGACUUCAAGCUGGAAGUAAUGAGAUUGACACCGACGCCGACGGGGUUGACGUUGUCGGCGUUGCCGGCAAUUUCAUCAUUGCCGUCAAUGUCGUCGGGGGCUGAAACUGUGAUUUAUUACACACUUUCUCAGCCGCCUCCCGUAAGCCCAGGGCUUACAAAUGGGCUUUCAAGCGGAUUGUCAAAUGGACUCACAUGUGGACUCACUAAUGGACUAUCAAAUGGACUCACAAAUGGGCUCUCUAAUGGGCUUACAAAUGGACUUCCUCCAUUACCCCCUGUCAGUCCGUCUAUACGGCAAAAUGUUACAAACCCACUAAGCCCGGGUGUUUCUCCAGUCAGCCCUCCAGUGCCACCACCCGCAGUCAGCCCGAGAGUGAGCCCCGGGACAACAGGACUUGUGCCAGACAUUAUGCAUCUGAUAAACUACGGAGAUAAAGACAUGGGUCUUCUUCUCUCACAAAGAAUGGAAUUGGUAUGGCACGGAGAGUUUGAUCGGUUGUUUUCCCAAUAUUUUCCACACAUGUGGUGCCUAGUACCAACCUUCUACCCACCAGGGGACAGCUGGAGAACCUUCAAAGAUAGCGCCAAAGUCAGAUUCUCUUGCCAGGACUGCGGUCACGGCUGGACGUCAAUGAAGGGCCGUGUGAUCUUUUGGUUUGAGCUCAAUUAUGCCACCAAUGCUGGUUGCGUUAUGUUCAAGCUUUAUGGACAACAGUGCCAGAAAUGCAAAACCGGAAAGUUUGAGCACGCCAUGUGGUACCCAGAAGAAGUUGUAAAGGUCAUCGGCAACGUUUACAACAGGGUUGGCCAGAUUUACUAUGGCUUCGUGCGACCACCUCUUAGAAUAGACCGACGUGUUGGAAAACCAAGAAAUCAACAUAAUUCCGAGCUGUGUCAGGCGUGUAAAGAAGGACUAUGCAAAGAGGAGUGGUCUUUUACAUGACGUAAUAGUGACGUCAUAGAGCAUGAAAUCAAAUAUAACCAAUAGCCGUAGGUGGGACAUGGCACGUGACUCUAUCGUGAACCACAAGUCGGUGUUUCUGACAAAAAUGGCACAACAUAUCAGUAUGUUUAUGUGAUUGUGGUUAUCUUUGCUGAAAAUGUUAAUUUGUUUAGAUAUUCUAAUAUAAAAAUGAAACUAAAAUGUUUUUAACAUUUGUUUUUAUAGUUAUAGCUUUUGUUGCAUUUUAUUAUUUUUUAUGUGUAAAAUGAGAUCGUCUUUAAGACGGAAUGUAAAACUCUGAAUGUAUUGUUAAGCAUAAUGCAUGUUGUACAAAGUUUUAUUUAGAAUGCGUGUGUUGUGAAUGAAUAAAGUCUACAUGUAGCUUUUAAAGUAUUGGAAUGGGUAACGAACGUGCUGUUUUUUCGCAUUUAGAUAUUUGUUAUUAUACAUUCUUAUUAUCACAUUUAUAGCAUAUUUUAGCUGAUCUUUUUGAAUUUCUUCAUAUUUUUAUAUCAAAUACAUGUUGUCAAUUCAUAGUUUUAAAAAAUGGUCGUAUGUGUUAUGACGGAUGUGCAGAAAGCGUUUAAGAUAGUCUGAUCAAAGAGAUGUUUCACUUUUACAAAAUAACUGAAAAUCAUGUUUGUUGAAUUGAUAAUAAAUUCUUAAAAAUGUUUAUUAUUUGGAUUUUCGAGUACUUUUUAAAUAGUUAGAGAAUGUCUGGUUGUAUCAAUAUAAGAUUGAAAUAGUUUUUACUAGAAUAACACCAGAUGUGACAUGCCAUGUAAAAUCUUGUGUUUGGGCGAUGAAAAAUAUUUUGAUCUUCCAUUUGUGUGUGAACACAGUAACUUUUAAUUUGAUGUUCUUCCAAUAGUUUAACCAAAUUUUAUCAAUUUGACCCAACAAUCAGUGAAAAAUAUAGGUGGUGAUUUUUAUUGUAUUUUAUUAUAUUUCACUGUUAUAUUUCAAUAAUUCUAUUAAAAUCAAUUAUUACGAGAAAAGCAUUUUAAUGCAUUUGAAACCGUGUUCAAGUAAAAUCGUAGUUCAUUUAUUUUUUAAUGUUUCAAACAGCCCCACCAAGCCAUCAGCAACCACAAAAAAAGAAACUGGUUUGUAAUUGGUCAUAUCAUUCUUGUACAUUUUUCUCUCAUCAUGUUUUAAAUCCACAUCCAAUAUUCGAUCAUUUAAAAAAAGACUUUUUACCUAUUUAGUUAUCAGCAUUAGAUUUUAGUUUAGGGACACAUUUUACAAUCCACUUAAUUAUCACAAAGUUUCAAUAUGUAUUUGUUUUUUUUUGUGUGUUGUUAAAGUUAAUAUGCUUCGCAGUAACAACGGCUUUAAGAAUGCAAUGCUUUACACCGUCAUGCAGAUGAUAAAACAGAAAUGACAGCUUCGGUAAAAAAACUGAAUUCCCGCGCUAAUGCCAGGGCCAUUAUCGAUGAGCUAUUAUAAUGUGGUAAUGCAUCUAGCAAUACGAUAAUAAGAAAAUAAUCUAGUAUAAAAUUAUUACUGUUUAUAGGUACUCGUGUUAUAAAAUGGUAUUAAGAACUCAGGGUCACUUUGACCUGUACGCAGAACCAUUUAAUGUAACAACAUAAGGAGACUUUUAUAAUAUAAAUAUAUAUAUAGAGAGAGUGUUGCAUAUAAAACUGUUUUAAUAAUUUAAAUGUGCAUUUCACAGUUGUAACAUAUAUAAUGUUAUCUGACUUUUUGAUAAAUAAAUUCUUUGUUUUGUGUUCAGAACAAAUUAUAUUUUUACAAAUAUAUAAAAUAUGAAAUCUAUUUUUAUUUUUGUUGAAAAAUGAACAAAUUGCUGCCACAUAUUUUAUUCAUUUUAUUAGUGCUCACUUUUUAAUUUUGUAUUGGCAGAUGAAAUAGUAUUCAUUCUUUAUGUUUCAUUAAUUGUAAUAUGUUGUUUGUAAAUAGUUAGAUUUUAUUUGAAUUAUAUUUUAUUUUACUGUCGUAAUCACCAUUUGAACUGCAAAGUUUAUUUCUGUCAUUUUAGAAAAAAAUAAUGUUGCAUAGCUACGUUGUUAAUUGUUUGUUUAAACAUAUAUGUCUACUGGAAUUAGCUGUAGCUUGAUUUUAAUUCGAGGUUGAAGGUUUUUGUGUGACAAAUCAAAUGCUUGAUUGGAAUUGCUAGAAGUACAAUUUAAAAGAAACGGUUUAAGAUUUAGUAACAUUCUAUAAAAUUUGAUUUUGCCGAUUUUCUUAAAAAAGAAUAAUUGAUUUCAUUGACAUUUUGGAGAUAUUGUGAGAAAAAUUGAACUUUUAAAUACUUAACACGUUAUUAAUAAUUGUUCUACAAAGUCAUUCAACAAGAAAUUCCUAUUUCAAUGAACAAAUGCGAGUUCAAUCAGCAGACGACAAUUGAAACGGAAAAGCAAUACAUGAAGCGUACCGCACACACUAACCUGACACCAAGUUGUAAAUUAGUUCAAAUCGGUGCAUUACUAAAUUUGGCUUUGUUGAUGUUUAAAAACAUUCUGUUUAUUUUCAUUUAUGUUUAUAUUUGCAUAUAAACUAUGCACUCGACACAGUGUAACAACGAGGUUGAUAAUUUGGUUCAUACAUUAAAAAUAUAAAAAGAAAUAUUUAUCAUAUGUGCCAUAUGAAAUGAAAUGAAAAACAAACCAUAAGAAGAUAUUGGACAUAUGAAAUAAUUAUGAACUUCAUAUUGAUUUCUGAAAAAAAAGUGAAUUAAGAACGCAUAUUUACAAUUGUUUUAUGAAAACUAACAAGUAUUGAUGUGUUCAUCAUACUAUAUGUGCCUUUUCAAUAAAAUUUCAUCUAAACAA